UCGACAAUCCCGUGUGCUAAUCCGGUAUCUGUAGACUGUAGCAGUACUAGUACCUUCCGGUGUCCAAACAAAGUCGAGCACUCAAGCCCCGCUGCAUGCAUAUAUAGAUACGACCAGAUCCAUCGAUGUUAUCACUACGCUCUUCAGCACUCACAACUAGACAUUCUUCGUCUCGUUGAUCCUGCGAAUAUAUUCGAUUCUACUAGCUACAUCGAUCUCUGGAAGAAGUUGAUCAUCGAACGAAGCUAGCUAGCUAGAUGGGGUCUCUGAUGGCUGGUUGGGAUUCGCCGGUUCUUGGCGAUGGCACCAAAGCUCGUGUGACGAGGAACCGGUCCCUGACAAAGGAGGAGGUGGAGGCUUUCUGGCGGCAGCGCGGGAAGCCGGCGCCGGAGGACGGCGGCGACGUCACCUCGCCGCUUGGCUCCCCUGGUCGACCUAUGGAGAAGAGCCCGCUGGGAAGCUCGCAGAGGAGCAGGUCACCGGCGUCGUCUCCGGUGGCUGGAGGCCACGAGGAGCUCGGCGCAGCUGACGCCGCCGACGCCGGCAAGAGCCGGGACUGGUGGACGAGGAGCAACUGGGCCUUCCUCAACGAGCCGCCGCAGGAGGAGAGGCCGGGAACGGCGCACACCUACACGCCGCAGUUCCACGUCGCCGCCGGCAACGCCUGACCGGACAUGCGCGUAGAGUGUACGCAAUACUAGUAGUACCACGUCACGUCACGCUGCUGGAAUGCCUAGGGUAGGCCCUACUGCCUUGACCGUACCGCACGGAGAUGCACCAUAUGUCCAUAUGGGGUCAUUUCCCUGUAAAAUAUCCCUUGUACAAUAGAUGUAUUGUAAAUGUAUAUGUAAGUAAAAUACAGAGUGAAUUUCAAAAACAUAAAAUUAUAUGA